AUGCCUUUAGUAGGGGAUAAAUUUGAGGAAGCGGCAGCGCUAUUUUUAGCUAGGUCCGACUGGGAGGAGGAAAUCUUUGAUCUUAAAAGAGAUGAGUUGUGGUGUUUAGCAGAGUACUUGAACUUAGGAUUACCAACAGACAUUAGGAAGGGUCAAUUGUUACGUGAGGUCCUUAAAGCUAUUAAGAGUAGUAAAGGUAAUGCAAAGGAAGCAGUAACGUCUGGUGAUCCAGAUUUUGUAAACAAUGGUAGUGACGAGGAGUUAGGGGAUUCAGGUAGCCAGGAGGUGAGCAAAUUAAGGUUGAGUAUCCUUUCUCAGGAGUUUAAGCUUAAAGAGAUGGAAUAUAAAACUUUGCAAUUGAGGGCGGAAGAGCGCGAAAAAGAGCGAAAAUUUGAGUUGCGAAUGCGUGAGUUUAACAAUAAUAAUAAUAGUGAUAAUAAUAAUAAUAACAACUAUAAUCGUUUUGAGCUAAUGAGUGCUUUGAAGUUAAUGCCAGUAUUCGAUGAGGAAGAUGUUCCUGAUUUCUUUAUUUCGUUUGAACGAAUAGCAAGGAAAUUGUCUUGGCCCAAGGAUAUGUGGACCACUAUGGUUCAGUGCAAAUUAAAAGGGAAGGCUCAGAGGGUAUAUAACACUUUAAGCGAGGAUCUGUCGGCUGAUUAUGAUUCUGUCAAGGCCAUUAUCCUUAAGGCAUAUGAUUUGGUUCCGGAGGCCUAUCGACAGAAGUUCCGUAACCUUAAGAAAGAACCCGGUAUGACUUUUGUUGAGUUUGCGAGGAGAAAGGAACAAUUCCUUGAUGAUUGGCUUAAGUCUAAGGAGACUGACUCUUUCGAAAAAUUAAAAGAAUUAAUUUUAGUCGAAGAGUUCAAAAGAAUGGUUGCUAGAGAACUAAAAAUUCAUUUAGAUGAACUUAAAUUGGAUUCUCUUCAAGAGAUCGCUAUCGCUUCUGAUGAGUAUUCCCUUGCUCAUCGUCAGGACUGUGUGAAAGAGGUUAGUGGUAAGAGGUUCCCUCCUCGAGGUAACGGUUGGAGGGGGAAUAACCGGAAUCAGUCAGGUCAUGGUACCUUUAUUGACAGUUCGGUGGGUGACCGAAGAAAGAGCAAGAAUGAAAAUGACAAUAAGAGUAAUGGUAGCGAAGCACGUAGUUUCGUAAAUAGCAGUAGGAAUGGUAGUAGUAGUAAUGAUAGUAGGUCCUCGAGGUCCGAUGUAGUUUGUUUUUGGUGCCACCGCCGUGGACAUUUUAAGGCAGAUUGCUUUGCGCGCCGUAAAUUUUUUGAAAAGAAUAAAGAACCCGUGACAUUGGUAUCGGCGGAACAACCGCAAAGGGAGGAGUCAAAAUGA